AUGGGCAGGCCGUCGACAGUGCCUCCGCCCCUUUCACAGCGUCUAGCCCGCACCCGCUGUAGAAUGAGUAGGACCCCGAAUCGUGGUGGAGGGGGCAUCAAUAGCACCAUGAACGAGCUCAAGAAGCGCCAGGAUAUGAGAAGUGUCCGCGCGAUCGGUCUGUCUGGCCAUACACACGGCACCACGCUGCUUCACAGAAGCUACAAGGUACUGCGUCUGUGCAUUCUUCGGUGUGGCGGCCGUUGCUACCGCGAGUGCGAGGGGCUCGGGAGGGCAGUGCUAAAGUCACGCGGCAUUACUGGCAACUUGAUGAUGCCCGGCUUCACGGCGGGCAAGCGCCUCUGGGUCAAGAAGCACGAGCCAGAGAUCGUUGUAAAAGGUGGUCAAGGUGCUACUCCCGAAGGACUACGUCCGCUUCCUCAUAACGGGCGACUUUGCCUCCGAGGUGUCCGAUUCCUCUGGCACCAUGUGGAUGGACACAGGUAG